AUGGCAAUCAAGACAACUACAAAUGCUACCCCAGAAAGCUAUGGGCCUGGAACACAUGUCGAAGAAAGCUUCUCACCACUGCCUGAGGAAUGCAGACGGCUUUUGCGCCUCUUCGCAGCGAGAACACCCGGAUUUACCAAGGACGAAGCUCUUCUCAACGGAGUACAGUUCCACGGAGAUGACUUGCCUUGUAUACCUGGUCCGAUCAAGUCGCAAGCUGUUACCGCAGUUCUGCAUGCUAUGGUCGGCAUUGUUGGCCUCGAGAUUCUGCAUCUUCGUGGUACUACCAAUAGCACCAUCACUCAUGUCGAUACCAAUCACGCUGGGCUCUAUCCAGCGACACCAGCUCUUGUCCACGUCGAUGGGCAGACUGGACCUGCUAUCAUCAAAUUGCCCACGGUCCCACAAUGGGACAAGGAUCGUCAAUCUAAUUCAUCGCUGGUCUACCGAGCGACAGCUAUCUACGAGACAGCCGAGAAAGGUGUAUGGUACCAACUUCAUGGGUCGCUUGACUCCUGGAAGAUGCUGGCUCUCCUCGGCAUUAGCAGAAGCCUCGAUUCGGGCAUCAAUACUGAUGAUGCGGCUUAUGACUUGAUCCAACAGCGCGUUCGCACUUACAGAGCACUGGAGAUUGAGCAGCUGAUGCUCCAGAACGGUCUAUCUGGAAACAUUGUGCACUCUCCCCAAGACUGGCUCAACACCGAGAUGGGAAAGUCUCUGGCUCGCCAUCCGUUGAUCAACUAUUCGCAUCAAUUGGCAUGUCCAGCCCUUCCGCCAGCUACGUUCACCACGGCCACCGAUAAACGACCACUAGCAGGAGUCAAAGUGGUGGAAUUGACACGAAUCAUCGCAGGAGCCGCUGCAGGUGCUGCUUUGGCAUCUAUGGGAGCUGAAGUGAUACGUGUGAACUCUUCUAAGCUCAAGGAUUACACUCCAGCUCAACCGUCGUCCUUGAUGGCAGGCAAGACAACCAUUGACCUGAACCUGGACGAACCUGACCAUCAUGCCAAGCUCAUUGCACUCUUCGAACAAGCAGACGUUAUUCUGCAGGGUUACCGCCUCGGCUCCUUCAAGCGUCGUGGUUUUGGUCUUGACGCCGCUUUGGAGAUGGCCAACAAACGCGGCAAGGGUAUUGUGUAUGUCGAUGAGAACUGCUAUGGACCCGAUGGAUAUUAUGCAGAGCGACCUGGGUGGCAGCAGGUCGCAGACGCCGCGGCAGGAAGCUCGUACAUCAUGGGUCAGGCUUUCGGCUGCCCGCCCGGCCAGGGCGUGCUACCAAGUCUUCCGAUCUCGGAUAUGUCGACAGGUAUCCUGACAGCUUUGACUAUCAUGUGUGCUAUCAGGGAUCGUGCUAGAUGCGGAGGUUCCUAUCACGGCCAUGCAGCCUUGACUGGAUAUAACAUGGCAACACUGGACCCAGAGGUCGGAUUGUACCAGCGAGACACCGUCCAAAAGAUUCAGGACAAAUACCAAUUCGCUCCCUGGUCAAGCGAUAUCCACGUCGCACCUCUGUAUUACCAAAUUCUGGAGGCUUGGGGCCAGAAGAGCGACUUGAUCAAGAACGAGAAGUACUAUGUCCACUUCUCAGAUUCUGUUUUCGGGAAUGAUCUUCGCGUACUUGCACCCAUAAUCAGAUACCACGAGGAAAAGAUUACGCCGAAAUGGACAUCGCCCCCAGUACCCUUCUGUCAUCACAAGUAUAGGUCUUUCUCGGCACAAUAA